AAGGAUACUCCUUUUCCUGAGUGCAGUCAUUUGAGUUUACGAGUGACUUAUAAUCACCUUGCAGCGUCAGCUAACUACGGGUAACACGGGUGAUUUGAACGUUACAUUAACAGCUCAAUCUUGCUUACAAAAGUUACUACCCACGACUUGACUCUCAGUAUUUAUACACUACAGUUGUCGCAACUAAACCCUCAUUUCCUUCGCACUUACCAUGGCGUCCAGAUCUUCUGAUCUCCCUGCUUUCACUGAGUCUACCUUCCAGUACACGCAGCCGCCUAACCCAUCUUUCAAGUUUGGCCAGAAGGUCGAUGCCACGCCAGAAGGGAAGGCAUGGGCGGAUGGAGAGAAGGAGGGAUGGAAAGUGAUUGAGACAGACAAAGAAGAUCCCAUGAAGCUGGUACUAUCAUCCAUUAUUACAGUCUGGUCUAAACUGCUUGAAUACUCAUUCGAUUCAAAGUAUCCUCUGAUGAUCAGUGCAAUCACCCCUAGACCCGUUGCCUUCGUGUCUACUAUAUCUGACACAGGCGUCGAGAACUUAGGGCUUAUGAGCUGGUUUAACAUGGUUACAGCGUAUCCAGCCCUCAUCUCCAUCUCUGUUGCAAUCGUGAACAACAAAGUCAAGGAUACAACACGGAACAUCCUAGCCACCAAAGAGUUCACUGUCAACAUUAUCAGCGUCCCGUGGAUUGACAAUGCGAACGCUUGUUCCAUUGACGCACCGGCUGACGUGAGUGAAUGGGCUCUCAGCGGGUUAACGAAGGCGCCAAGUGUUCAUGUCAAGCCUCCUCGCGUCAAGGAAAGUGCCUUCAGCAUGGAAUGUGAGCUCUUCCAAACGAUCGAUAUUACCCACCCAGAGAGUGGAGUAAAAAGCACUACGUUGAUCCUCGGGAGGGUCAAAUACAUUCACGUUCGCCGAGAUACGCUCAAUGAGCGCGGCAACGUUGAUCCUGACAAACUCAAACCUAUUGGUAGGCUUGGCGAUAUCCUUUACGCUUCAUUGGGAGGGGGUUUCCGCAUUCCACGACCUUCUUGGGCGGUGGAAGGUGAGAACGUUCUUGAGUUGGAGAAAGAAGAUGCUGGUAUUCGUCAACCGUCUGGAUUGUAAAUGAUCUUAGGCAAAUAUAGAACAUAGAGGUCCUCUAGACCACAAUUUUUAAUUGCAUUGAUACUGUAGUACUAAGAAGCUUUUGCACCAAGUUUUGUGGUACGUCGGCUUAUCCCGACCUGUUCACCCGCGAGUUGAACGAAAUACAAAUUUUCUUUUACGCCAUUAU